CUCUCCGCGGGUGCAGGCGUGCGGUUGGCGUUGCACGCAGGCGCUGCGGGGCUGGCAGGUGUGCGGGGUGUGCACCUCGAAAGUGAUGGAACUCGGCGCGAGCGCCCCCGGGUAGCGCCGGUGAGGCUGCGGGGCCUGGCCCGGGCAGCCAUGGGUCUCCUUCGCCUGCUGGUUCUGGCGAUGCUGGCGUCCAAACCCGGUGUGACCGGUGGAGCCGAGGCCGUCGGGAACGCCAGCGAGGGUCUUCUUGAAUUUUCUGUAGGGAAGUUUAGAUACUUCGAGCUCAACAGGCCCUUUCCAGAGGAUGCCAUUUUGCGUCAUAUUUCCAGCAAUGUGUCUUUUCUUAUUUUCCAAAUACACUCACAGUAUCAGAAUACAACAAUUUCUUUUUCUAAGACUCUCCUUCCCAAUACCUCAGGGACAGGCACUGACAAAGGACUGGUUUUCAUUCUUAGACCAGAGCAGAGUAUGUGCACUUUGUAUUUGCAGACUUUAGAUGCUGAGCCUGUCCAAAACAUGGCCAUUCCACUCUCCUAUUCAGAAAGAGAUCCUAUCCCUGGAGGCUGUAAUUUGGAGUUUGAUUUAGAUAUUGACCCCAACAUUUACUUGGAGUAUAAUUUCUUUGAGACAACUAUUAAAUUUGCUCCAGCAAACCUUGGCUAUGCAAGAGGCACAAAUCCUCCGCCAUGUGACAUUGGGAUGGAACGGGACUCUAGGUGGAGGUUGCUGUAUGAUGUCUAUCAGUAUUUUCUGCCUGAGAAUGACCUCACCGAAGAGGGGUUGCUGAAGCAUCUGCAGAGGAUGGCCGAGGUGCCUCAGGUGAAGGCCAAUGCUAUCAAGGUGGUUACCCUCACAGCUAAUGAUAAGACAACUGUUUCCUUCUCCUCCCUCCGAGGACAAGGUGUCAUUUAUAACAUUGUUGUUCGGGAUCCAUUUCUAAAUACAUCUGCUGCUUAUGUUCCUGCUCAUACAUAUGCUUGCAGCUUUGCGGCCGUGGAGGGUAAUUGUUCUUCCCUUGGAAGAGUGUCAACCAAAGUGUUCUUCACCCUUUUUGCCCUGCUUGGUCUCUUCAUUUGUUUCUUUGGACACAGAUUCUGGAAAACAGAAUUGUUUUUCAUAGGCUUUAUCUUCAUGGGACUCUUCUUCUACAUACUGAUUACAAGACUGACACUUGUUAAAUAUGAUGUUCGUCUGAUUCUGACAGCCGUCGCUGGAAGCGUUGGUGGGAUUUUCUUGGUAGCUGCUUGGUGGCGAUUUGGAAUCCUCCUGCUCUGCAUGCUGUGUGUUGGAUUAGUGUUGGGCUUCCUCGUCUCCUCAGUGAUGUUCUUCGCUUUCCUGGGGAACCUAAAGAUUUUUCAUGAUGAUGGUGUGUUCUGGGUGACCUUCUCCUGCAUAGCUGUCCUCAUUCCAGUAGUUUUCAUGGGCUGCUUAAGAAUACUGAACAUACUGACUUGUGGACUCAUUGGCUCCUACUCGGUGGUCUUGGCCUUUGACAGUUACUUGUACACAAGCCUUUCUCAUAUCACUCUGAAUGUACUCAAGAGAGCACUCAACAUGGAUUUCCACAGAGCUUUCACAAAUGUGCCUUUUCAAACUAAUGACUUUAUUAUCCUGGCAGUAUGGGGGAUGCUUGCUGUGAGUGGAAUCACGUUACAGAUUCGAAGAGAAAGAGGGCGACCAUUUUUUCCUCCCCAUCCAUACAAGUUAUGGAAGCGAGAAAGAGAGCGCAGAGUAACAAACAUCCUGGACCCUAGCUACCACAUCCCUCCAUUGAGAGAGAGGCUCUAUGGCCGAAUAGCCCAGAUCAAAGAGCUCUUCCAGAAGGAACAGCCAGCCGGAGAGAGAACACCCCUGCUUCUGUAGAUGCCAAAGGGGGUUGGUCAGUGUGGUCUCAAAGUACUGCCCAGGCGUUGCCUCAGCUUUGGUGUGUAUGCCCAGCCUGCUGCAGCAGUCUCCGGUGCAACUCUGAUAAGAACAGAGGCGUAUGUAUGUGUGCUUUGCACAGUUUCACGUUGUCCUUAUUGAUGUGUUAUCAGAAGGUACCCUUCUUUUGUUUAAUUGUGGUAAAACACACAUUUACCAUCUCAGUCAUAAAGUAUAUAAGUUCAGUAGGCACUUUGUUUUUGUCCUUUAUUGCUUACAAUGCUAAUUUAAAUACUAAAUUAUGUCCGUUAUUUGAAAAUAGGGUGAUUUACAUAGGUCAGAUAUGGAUAUAACGGCCUCGGGUUUUUUCUUUAAAGGCCUUUUAAAAUAGUGUUGACCUCUGAUCUCUAAAAUGUGUUUGAAUUUUUUUUUUUUUUUAAAGAAACCGAUUGGCGCCCACCUUAAUCUGUAGUCCCUUUAGUAAGGAAACCUUUUAACAUUUGCAUUUUUUAGUUGUUUCUGUUAAAUUGGUUGUUAUUAGCAUUGAUGUAAAAAUAGUGUCAAAAAUUUUCUCUUUUGUGUGAAGACUCUGUACCAUCUAUAUUUUAGUGAUGAGGAGGGAGGGGGUCAAAAAGGAUUAAAGAAUUUAAAGGAGCUACUUUUAAUCAGGUUCUUGGACUCUGUAAGGAAAGUUCCUUCCAUUUUGACCCCCCCCCCCCCGCCCCGCCCCAAGCAAGCACCUCAAUGCCCUGGGCUGCGUACCCACUCCUCACGGCAUCUGGUUCUGCCUUGGAUAGGAAGCUGGUGACUCUGACACAAUGAGUAACGGUGAAGGUAGUUGUGGUGGUUGCAUACGCAUUUGUGAGUUAACCACUAUUUAAACGAUGCUGCUUUUAAGAGUUUUUUCACAGCACGAUAGAUUUUUGGAGUUUUAGGUAACUGGAAAAUUUUCAGCUUUUGCAUUUGUUUUGGAAAGGCUGAAACAAAACUAAACAUACAGAAAGCGAAAACAUACAAAACUAAUCAUUUUUGCAUUGCAGAAUUACACACAGGUGUUUACUAUUAUGUAACCCUCACUGUUUAUAUAACUUCAGUAACACUUGAAUUUU